AUGUCACUUAAAUACUCAGAUCUCUACGAAGAAUUAGAGACAAUAGGAAGUGGAAGUUAUGGAUCUGCUUAUUUGGUUAAGAAUAAAAAGACUGGCCAAUUAUCAGUGGCUAAAAAAGUUCAUUUGGGGAAGUUGUCAGAGAAAGAGAAAAUAAGUGCUUUGAGAGAAGCGGAAUUGUUAAAAAGUCUUGAUCAUCCAAAUAUAGUGUAAUACAUGGGAAGCUUUGCAGAUAGUAGUUAAUUGAUAAUAUUGAUGGAGUAUUGCGAAGGUAAAUAUCACAUUAAAAAAAGAAAGUAAGGUAAAUAAAUCCAAUACUUUCCUGAAAAAAUGAUUUUGAAUUGGUUUAUUCAAUAAUUAUUUGCUCUAUAAUUCAUCCACUCCAAAAAGAUAUUGCAUAGAGACAUUAAAACUAGUAACAUCUUUCUAACCUCAAAUGGAACAGUAAAACUCGGAGAUUUUGGAGUUUCUAAAGUUUUAGAAAGCACUUUCGACUAAGCAUCAACUGUUGCUGGUACUCCCUAUUAUAUGAGUCCAGAAGUUUGUGAAAAUAAACCUUAUACUUUUAAAUCUGACGUUUGGGCUCUUGGAUGUGUUCUACAUGAAUUAUGCACUUUCAAACAUGCAUUUGAUGCUAAGAAUAUUCUGAGUUUGGUAACUAAGAUUCUGAAUGGACAAACUGAAACUCUACCAACUCAUUAUUCAAAGGAUUUGCAAUAAUUAAUUCAUAGACUUCUUACAAAGUAGGUGCAAUCACGUCCUCUUGUUGCUGAAAUUAUCAAUAUGCCCUUCAUUUAAUCUGUUAUGCAAGAUUUUAUUAGAAGUGGAGGCAAAUAGAAUUUCUGUUCAGUUGUUGGAGUCAAAAAAAUUAAAUAACAUGAAAUUUAAGCUAAUAAUUUACAUUAAAUAUAAUAAAAUCCAGUAAGCCAACUGAAAUAAGAUCAAGAAUCUUAUGAACACUCAAUAAAAGAUGAAAUCAAUAAAGAAAAAGAUAAUGAAAUUAUUAAUUAGACUGUAUUAUCUUAAUCAUUAAACAAACAGCAGAUUGAUAACGCAAGUAGAUAUACUAUUGGUGAAACUAUUAUGAGUUAAGCAUCCUAAUUUUUAGAAUCAGAACCAAAACAAAUAUCUCCAAAAUCUAUUUUAAAAUUAAAGAAAGAAUAAGAAACCUAAUAAAAAAUAGAUAUGUUAUCCAAAGCAGCUUAAAACAUCAGUCAACAAAACUAGAAAUAGGCUGAAUUAAGAAAAAUUUAAAAUCUCUAUGGUACUCAAUCACAAUUCUACUAAUAGAAACAAUUGGAAAUAUAAUAGACUACAACACAAUAAUAAUUUUAUUAAAAAUAACAAUAAGUAGAAUCACCCUAAAAGAAAAGUGGAGUUUAAUAAUAAUAAUAAUAAUAAUUUAAAUAAUAGUAGUUUGAAAAUACUAAUUUUGAAUAAAGCUUAUAAUCUUCUUCUAAAUUCAAACCUAUUGAUGAAGAAGUUAUGAAGAAAAGCUUAUUGAGUUUAAAAUAAAAAUAGGCUUAAAAGAAGGAAUAAUCUUCAAAAUAAUAAACAUUCGAUCAUCAAAAUGAUGAAUAUCCUGAAGACUUUGAGUAUUAUGAUGAUUUUGAAGAUUAUGAUUCUGACAAUGAAUUCUAAAAUGAAACAGUCAUCAAUGAAGAAAUUCUUGGUGAUGAGAUGGAUGGAACCAGACUAACUCAAAGGUAAUCUGAUUAAGAUUUAUAAAAUGUGGUCGAAGUUUAUAAAAAUGAAUUAGCCAAAGCUAAAAGUGCCAAUGAAACUUUGGCAGAAAUCUAAGAAGAACCUGAAUCUUCUUAUUCUUCCAGCUUUUACAAGACUGAUGAGAAAUUCAAACCUAAAAUUUCAAUGAUAGAAAACCUAAAAACCAGUAUCUUGCAAUAGAUUCCUUAGGAUUUGUUUAAUAUUGCUUACAAUAGAAUUCUGAGUGCAAUACAAAAUAAACAAAGCUCUUAGGAGAUGUACAAGGAAUUAAAGUAGAUAUUAGGCAAAAAGUAUUCAGGAGCUGGAUUUUAAAUAGAAUAAUUGAUUUAUUAGGAGCAAUUACAUAAACACUUUCAAAACUGA